AUGGGGAUACAAGUCGGAACAUCCGCAAACAGUUGUCUCUCCUUAUUGGUUGCUCUACUUCUCUUGUUCGUGGUAGUUCCAGAGGUUGCCUCCACUUCGUUGAUUCGAAAGAUGACAACCGACAACACUGGCAGCUUGAUGCCAACAAAGCAUACCACAAACGCUAGACAGCGACUGCGAACACACAAAAAGGGAGCAAUGGUGGAUGGACAUCGUAGGUGGCGGAAGCAUCUCCAGAGGGCUAGGCAAGGGCAACAGCAAAGAGAGCUCAGAAGCCGAGCAGGCCACAAGACAAGCCAACAAAUGGUCAGCAUCUUCAGAGAAGAGGAAAAGCCGAAUGGCGGUGAUAAUGCGAGGGAAAGAGGGGAGGGGGUGGAGAAUGAUGCAAAAGGGGAAAGUGAAAUAGCCAGAAACAAGGACAAAGGGGGGAAGGACAAAAAUAAACAAGAGCCCAACAGUGAAGAUCAAGCAGCCCUGGUGGAACUUCUCAACAGCAACCCAGUCAAUGCCUUUAUGGUCACACCCAAGGAGGCCGAGGCCUUGCCAAGCUCAGCCUAUUUCUUGACCAGGGAUCAAGUCACAGAAUUGCUCAAUUCAAGUCCUGAGCUGGCAAGACAAAAGACAUCAGACAAUCCUCUAGUGGCAGUGGUUCCCUUGGGUGCUACGGGAGUCGCUGCAGCCUUCACAGGAACUCUGAUUGGGGCUGGUGGCCUUGCGGCUAUUUUAUGCAUCACUGGGGCAAUUUGCCAACAAACACAAGAAGUUUCGGUGGAAACAAGUGGCAUGAUGACAUUCAAUGAUCUAGCUCGCACUCCAACUGAAGAGGAGGAAGCAGGGAUUGUCGUAGAAAUGGCCAAGUUCUAUCAACAAUUUAUUGCUCAAGCUGUUGGUGCUGUUGCCCCACAAUCACUCACAUUUGGAGAUGAACAACUUGAAACAACACCAACACAGUUUUUGAGAUUUGAGAUUGUUGAUUAUGACUUUAGCGCAACCACGACUGUCCGAAAAACAGCAACUGGAGAAGACAUCACUUGUGUAUCACAAAGUGACUUUGUGGGUCAAUCAGACUUUACCGUUUUCACGAGGAGGCAACGACGAUCACUGCAGACUACAGGUAAUGACAAAAUGGUGGAUACACAACUGGUUGAUCUUGCUAUUCAACAGGCAGAUCUAGAGAUCUUCCGAACCAUGUAUGCACCCAAUGCAGAACCAGAUGACAGUAUCUACCGAAGUUUGACAGCUGAUAGCGUGACUUUUGAAACAACAACGACUCCAGCACCAACAUCAUCAGAUCCAGCUGCAACACCUGUUCCCACUACCAAUGCUCCUACAACCCCACCACCAACAACCUCGCCAACUCCAGCACCAACUCCAAGUCCAACCACCAACACUCCCACAACUUCCAUACCAUCCCCCGACCCAACUCCAGAACCAACUACAAGUCCAACCACCAAUGCUCCUACAUCCCCACCUCCAACACCCAGUCCAACUCCAGCACCAACCCCUACUCCCACUACCAAUGCUCCUACAACCCCACCACCAACCACAUUGCCAACUCCAGCACCAACUCCCAGCCCAACCACCAAUGCUCCUACAUCCCCACCCCCAACACCCAGUCCAACUCCAGCACCCACUCCUAGUCCAACCACCAAUGUUCCUACAACCCCACCACCAACAACCUUGCCAACUCCAGCACCAAAUUCCAGUCCAACCACCAACACUCCCACCUCCACACCCAGUGCUCUGCCGGAGAAUACAAGAAGGACCGUAGGAGCAAGACUUGAGUACGGAUUCUUUGUUGGAACCCUCAUUCGGGAACCCUCAUUGGAGGAGUACUCAGGGCUGAUUGAGGUGACGGAGGACUUCUAUGAUAGAGUUCUUAGAUCUGCAUUCCCAGACAUUUACGAUUUUGACAGCGCUGCACUCUCAAAUGUCAUGGAUGAAUAUGAUGAAACAGAAACUAUGCCAGUUAUUGUGGACUUUGACCUCGUGGCCACAUUUGAUGCCAGUGAUGAUGAUACCCCGUCAGAAGAAACGAUUCUUUUAGUGAUGAAUGCAGCAAAUUACCAAAACUAUGUCCGGAAUUUUGUUUGGCAAGCUGAGCCAGAGGGGACAAUUUUUCGCCGCACUCUCGCCACAAGCUUUUCAGGAGAAGAUGGAACUCCUGUGUCAGAAGCACCAAGCGCCACGCCCACUGCUGGUCCAAGCACCCCACCCACAGCUGGGCCAACUCUCCCUGACGUGACUACCUUGACUGUGGGAGCAAGGCUUGGUUAUGGGUUCUUUCCAAGGCAAACCAUCCGAGAACCUACAUCAGAUGAGUACUCUGGUCUGUUUGAAGCUACAGAGGGCUAUUAUGACCGGUUUCUGAGAUCAGUAUUCCGAGACAAUUACCGUCCUGGCACUGCUUCUUUGGAAGAUAUCGAAGAAAUGUUUGAUGAAUCAGAAAUCCUCCCAGUUGUUGUUGACUUUGAUCUCAUUGUAACUUUUCUGGACAACGAGGACACACCUUCUGCUGAAGAUAUCCUUGAUCAAAUGAGAGAAGUAGAUUAUGAUACCUACAUUGAGACUUAUCUCUGGACUGCACCAGUGGGGAAAGAUAUUUUUGGCCAGACACAGACAGUAGAAUUUGCAGAAAGAGGUGGUGAGGUUCAACCUCCAACUUCAGCAGCACCCACUUCAGCAGCGCCCAGUAUAAUGCCAAGUGCACCAAUCCGCACGUUGGUCACAACCAAAAGAACUGUGGGUCGACAACUUGGACUUGAGUUCUUUCCUGGGACAUCAGGUCGGCGUCCAACAUUUGAGGAAUUCAGUGGUCUGUUUGAGGCCACCAGAGAAUUCUAUGACAGCAUUCUACUUUUGACAUACCCAGACAUUUAUGCUUCAGGCAGUAUUGAGAUGUUGAACAUUGAGGAAGAAUUCUAUUCUACACCAGUUCUCAAAGUCACUGUGGAUUUUGACCUUACUGCAACCUUUUCUGCAAAUGAUGCCACCGCUCCUUCCUCUCAACAGAUUGCUGAAGUGGUAAUGGCGGGAAAUUACCAAGACUACAUUGAAGAAUACGUUUGGAGUGCAGAGCCAAAAGGGACCAGUCUUUUCUAUUCCACAAACCAAGCAAGCUUGAGAGAAAGAGUGGUACCAAGUAAUGCACCAAGUACAGUGCCCAGUGCAAUGCCGCUCAUGUCUUUCCCCAGUACAUCUUACAUCACUGCUUUGGUGACCAGGAAACCAAGCGGUUAA